AGGAAUAAAAUGAAUUUGCAGUUUACAGAGUUAGAGUUGAGUGACAGUGUAAUCCUGGGAGAGGAGAAUGGAGUCGUCGGAGCAGCAGCAGAAGGAGUUAGAAGAAGUGAUCAAGUCUCUUCCUUCCGACGUCGUCAACGAUCUUCUCUCCCUAGGGUUAUGUGUGCGGUGCAUCUUUCGUGUGUUUAGAGUUGAAGCCAGCAGCGUCUAUGCUUUUACAUCCCUAUCACCAACAUAUGGUGAUAAUAAUAAACUCUGCACCCUUUGCUUAGGGAUCCUUCAGUUUAGGUUUCACGAUGAUAAUAAUAAUACAAAUGUCCCUCUUCUCAUUUCUGAUAUGGUUAAACGUCAAGGCUAUCACUCUCAUCAUGAUUCCUUUUCCCUGGAAAUAAUCAUUCCUUCUAUUAUCCUCAACAACGAUAACACUCUUAGGCAAUACAUCAAAAUCAAAUAUGGUUUCAAAGAUAAUACUACUUUCAUCUCUGCUAAAGAUGCUUUCAACUUUUCUCUACUGCCUCCACUUCAAACUCUCCUCGGUGGUCGAUGUAAUUCAAAUCAACAGGAUGCUUCUUUCCACAUUCGUUUGACAUACACCGCUUCUAAAGAUGAUAACAAUAAUAAUAAUAAGAGAAGAAAAACAGAUGAACACAAUACUACUUUCACCACUUCUCUUCAAGAUCAAUCCUCUCAUUGCUGUAAAUUCUUGUUGGAAACGGCAAAUCAACCUUGCCAUUUUACUUACUCUUGCUACAGAACACCUUUAUAUUUUGGUGGAAGAUACCUCAAGUAUUCACGGAAUGUGAGUCAAUCACGCUGGAUCAUUGAUGAUGAAAGAAUGGGGGAAGCGUCAGUUGAGGAAAUAAUUGGUGAAAACAUACUUCAAGCAUGCCAAGCUGAUAGUUUCAAGUUUCAUGCUGCUGGAAGAGAAGAUAUUGAUGUCCGAAUGCUGGGGCCUGGCAGGCCAUUUCUUGUUGAGGUGAAAAACGCUCGACAAGUCCCAUCUGAAUUGUCUGUAAAAGAUAUAGAGAAAAAGAUAAAUACCACGGAGAAUAAAUUGGUUAGAGUGAAAAAUAUGAAACUUGUUGGGAGUCAGGGCUGGGACCUUAUGCGUGAAGGCGAAGCUGAGAAGCAGAAGCAAUAUGCUGCUUUAGUGUGGAUUUCUCGUCCUCUGAAGGAUGAAGAUCUUCAACAUGUGACAUCACUCAAGGAUUUGAAAGUUAUGCAGAAGACCCCAAUAAGAGUGCUACACCGUCGCAGUCCUUUAGAGCGGGAAAAGAUCAUUCAUUGGAUGAAACUAGAGACAAUCGCUGGAAGUUCCCAAUAUUUUCUUUUGCAUUUGUGUACGCAGGCUGGGACCUAUAUCAAGGAGUUCGUUCAUGGGGAUCUUGGACGCACGCAUCCUAGCAUUGGAUCUAUGUUGGGUUGUAGAGCUGAAAUUUUGCAACUUGAUGUGACAGACAUCAAAAUGGAAUGUUUUCUGACUUAAUAAGGGUAUCUUAUUGCCCCAAUUUUUAAGUCUUAGUUCUUAUUGAUUUAGAUAGAAUUGGUUUUGAGAGUGUUACUUGUAUUUUUUAUUUUUUUUGAAUAAUUGACAGUGUUAUUGUUUAAACAUGAAUUCAUACUGGAAAUGAUAUUUUAUAUAUGAGUAUGAAUCUAACUUGAUAUUC